CUGGUGAACUACAGAGCGCACGGCGCAGCGCUUGGGGAUAACACGGGCGCGCAGUUUUGGCUCUCUUACAUGGACUUUAACAGGUGAAAUAUUGAAAGAUAAACUCAUGUAACUACGCUGCUGUUUUUAUUCUGGUGGCUCGAACCCGCAACUCACUCAGAAUUAAUUGUGGCCGCGGGAGGAGUGCGACGCUCUUCAUCCCGGGACCGCAAGCUCCCUGCGCUCAACGGAAUAAUUAGUACCCGACGCGUGCCAGCUGUCCAGGACAGUGGACCCCGAAGAGGACACGCUGGAGACUGACGGACACUGACAAGUUUCACAGCGUGUGUAAUCUCCGUUUGCCAGGACUGGAGAGAAAGUGUUGUUGACGCUGAUCUCCCUCUAAUGCGUCUUCUCCCCAGCAUCUAUUGAUGGACUGACAUUUGGAAUAACCUUCCUCCUUCCGUUUCUCAGCCGGUUUUAGUCGAUAUCUCAGCCCGAAAUGGUGCCGUGUAUCAUUUUCAUCGCCUUGUUUGUCACUGUGGUUCAAUCCCAAGAAAUCCAGCCCUUACAGGCAUCAUCCUCUAUUAGCGAGUCUUGUGACUCCCUGUGCUCCUGCGAGGUGAAAGAUGGCGUCCUUCAUCUUAACUGUGAGGAGAGAAACAUCAGCAAGAUCUCCCAAAUCAAAAUCCCGUCAGGUGUGCCCUUCCACCUGAACCUUUACAAAAAUGACUUGGUCGAGCUCCGUGCGGAGGAAAUGGAAGGGCUUAACAACGCACUGUCACUGCAUAUUGGGGGCAACAGCAUACAAGAGCUGGAACCAGGGGUCUUCAGCACGCUCGGUUCACUGAAAAAACUGCACAUAAAUAGCAAUUUCCUCGUUACGCUGAAAGAGGAUACUUUUCAAGGCCUGGUGAAUUUAGAGUUUCUACAGGCCGACACAAAUUUCAUUCGGGUCAUUGAGCCGGGGGCCUUCAACAAACUAAUCCGCCUCAAGGUUCUGAUCCUGAAUGACAAUACCAUCGAGUUUUUGCCCAACAAUAUUUUCCGGUUCGUGCCCCUCACACACCUGGACUUGCGAGGGAACAAGCUCCAAACGCUGCCUUAUGUGGGAUUUUUGGAGCACAUCGGCAGGAUAAUGGAGCUCCUGCUGGAGGACAACGACUGGGUCUGUGACUGUGAUAUUUUACAUCUAAAAAUCUGGAUGGAGAACAUGAGGGCCCAGUCAGCAAUCGGGGAUGUGGUCUGCAGCACCCCACAUCAACUCAAGGGUAUCAUUCUGGCUAAAGUGAAGCGGGACGUUCUGUGCUCACACACAGACAUUAACCUGGAGGAGCCAUCGAAGUCGCUGGAUAUGGUUGUCACUCCCUCAUCCAAAGUGUCUCAGAUUCCCAAGUUGAUCAAUGCCAAAGAUGACGCCAAGGUGCCGACACCUUCUCAUUUUCCUGGUAGUCCUUGUGUGGAACACUGCUCCUGUCACAAUCACCCUGUGGCUGGCUUUCUGAUGCAUUGUCAGGACAGAGGGAUUCAAAAGGUGUCUGAUAUCGGAAUACUUCAGCAGAGCCCCACUAAACUGGUCAUGACAGGAAACAUGAUUCAGAAACUUUUGAAAUAUGAUUUUGUCACAUAUGACAGUUUAGAGAUGCUCAACUUGGCGAACAACAGAAUUGAUUACAUCGAUAAUGAAACGUUCCUGAGUCUGAGCAGCUUGAAAAAGCUCUACCUUAAUGGCAAUAGGAUUGAAAAACUGUUCUCUACAAUGUUCGUGGGUCUCCACAACCUUGAAUACCUGUAUCUGGAAUAUAACCUCAUCAAAGAGAUAUCUCCCGGCACAUUUAAUCCCCUGCCAAACCUGAAGCUGUUGUCAUUAAAUAACAACCUACUCAGCUCUCUACCCGUGCAGAUAUUCCGCAAUGUUCCCCUCACCAAAUUAAACUUGAGGAAAAAUCUACUUAUGCACCUGCCAGUGAGCAACGUGCUGGAUCAACUUGAUGCCCUGGAGCAAAUCUAUUUAGAGGACAACCCCUGGGACUGCAGUUGUGACUUGCUCAGCCUCAAACAAUGGGUGGAGAAACUCAGAAAGGACACAGUGGUGGGCUCCAUCUUGUGUCACACCCCAAAGAAUGUGAUGCAGGCUGAGCUGCGAAGUCUACGUCAUGAGACACUCUGUGCCGGUUUAGGAACGUACUACCCAAGUGAGGAGGAGAGUGUGACGGCUACUUUGGGGCCUGACAGCGGUGGCAAGGGUCUGUUUAGCGCACUCACAGACACCAUCCCUCUCUCUGUGCUCAUCUUGAGCCUUCUGGUUUUCGUCCUCAUGAUUAUAUUCUGCUCCGCGGGGUUGGUGGUGUUUGUGGUUCACCGGCGGAGGAGAAGGGCAAAGAGAAAAUCAGCGGAGGAGCAGCCCAGAGAGAACUCCAACAGUAGCCCCAUCCACUUACAUUACAGCAUGUAUGGUCAGAAGACCACACACCACACUCUGACCCAGAGAACGGGCUCUUCCGCUCUGUACGAAGAGAGAUCGCACAGUCCUAUCGUCCAGAUCUGUCGCAACCCCACCUACUGCUCCCAGCACAAGGAGCACGAUGCAGAGUUGGAUUAUAGCCUCGACGACUCCAGCACCAAGCACCACGUCUGCAGGAGUAUCAUGGAGAAAGAGAACACGUCUCCUCUCACGGGGAACCCCGGCGUUAAGUUCCGACCUGUGACCGGGGAGUGUCCCGCAGAGUUUGUCACACUCGGGAAUCCCAACUCCUUGUACCGGAACAUUCUGGAGCGGGAGAAGGAGCUGCAGCAGCUCGGAAUAACAGAGUACCUUCGGAAAAACAUGCCCCAGCUCCAAUCUGCUGUAGACAUGCAAGUCCCGGGGCAACAGAAGGAGUUAAAGCUAAUGGAGACCAUUAUGUACACAAGACCACGCAAGGUCAUGCUUGAGCAAACUAAAAACGAAUACUUUGAACUAAAGGCUAACCUGCAUACUGAGCCGGACUACUUAGAGGUUCUGGAGCAUCAAACUGCAUUUAACUGAGCUUAAGCAGAGAGAGAGAGAAAAAAAAACUGUAUAUCUUAUGUUUGAACCAAGUGCCUUUUCCUGUUUGCCCUGUUAUACGUUCCACAGUGUGAAAUAUGUAUCAUGGGCACAUCACAUUAAGUUAAACUGUAGCACAGAAUGUAACUGGUUUAUUAUUUUGUUACUAUCUUCUGACAGCCAUGUUAUGUAGCUGGUAAAAAGGUGUCAUUUAUUUUUUUUUAUUUUUUUUGGCCAAAUGUAACUUAAGGAAAGCUGUCAUUGUCUGUUGAUCAGGCCUGGGUUUAUAAAAAAAAAAAAAAAAAAAAAAGCCUUGUUGAAAUCCACUCAAUAAGCUUUUAAAGAUGGACUAAAUUUCCACGGCAUUACAGCAGCCAAAUGAAGGGUUCCACAGCUCAAACACACACACACACACACAUGCUCACACAUGAGGAUAAAGCAGAUGUUUAGAAAGAAGUGAGUGUAUUUCAAUCACUGCUUGACCCAGAAUUGCUAUUUAAUCAGUCUAUCCUGAAUGGGUAUGACCUGAUUAAACCCACUGUCAACAGAAGCCAGAUGGAAAGCUGUAACCAGAAUGCUCAUUGUGCCGUAGAGUCAGCGAAAUGCCAACUUGUACACUGGAAAACACUGAGAGACUGUGGUGCCACUGCUGUUUCUUUUCGUCAACCUAUUUAACCGCAGUCAUGGGAUGUUUAUUUAUUUUUGUACAAGCCGUCGACCUUCACAGAAACUAUUUUUUUCCUUUGGUUUUCUAUCAAUCAUUAAAUAUAGCACUUAAAAAGUACAGUAUAUAAUUCACCACUGUAAUCUUGUAAAAACGACAUUGCACUAAUCGAAUGCCAUUGGAUAGUGCAUGACAAUCAAGAGAGUCCUGCUGAAACAGUUUGGUUUAUUAUUUCUAUUAUUAUUAUUAUUAUUAUUUUACUUUCGUUUUUUUUUCAGUGUGUACUUGUGUUUGUGCGUGAGAGAGGUUGUGUUUCAUGUCACAAGUUCAUGUGUGAUUUCACAUGGAACCGCAGUCGGGAGCAUUGCCCGCAGCCACAGAUCUGGAACAGUUUAUUUUGGAUUGAUUAGAGAUGGGGCGUAUAAACCCAUUAGCACAUGAAUGGUUAUUGACGAGCAGCAUUACUCAGAUAUCCACAGACAAGCAGUGGACUGCUGGUGACUGACAUUUUCCAGUGUGGACAUUGUCACUGUUCAGGAUUUAAACUGCACACUCCACUCACUGAAAACAGUUCAUGUAAGCACACACCCUGUAGCUUCUUCUUUUUUUUUUAUUUUAGAUCGAAUUAUUUAUUCUGUAUAUUUUGUAUAUACUUGUGUUCCAUUAUAUCCCUGUUUUAUUUGUGUGCCUUCAGUGCUGUACAGAAUAUACACAGAAGUUGUAACCGAUAAAGAGGAAAAUAAAGAAUUGCAAUAUGAC